AUGGCUUCCACCAUGCACAAGAUGAACACCGGGGCCAGCAUGCCCGCCCUCGGCUUCGGCACAUGGCAAGACAAAGACGCGCAAGAAGACGCAGUGGCGAUCGCGCUCAAAGCAGGCUACCGCCACAUCGAUACGGCCAACAUCUACGGCACGGAGCCAGCGGUGGGCGCGGGAAUCCGCAAAGCCGGCGUCCCACGCGACCAGAUCUUCAUCACGACCAAGCUGUGGAACCACAAGCAUCACCCCAAGUCGGUGGAGUCGUCGCUCGACGAGUCGCUGAGCAAUCUGGGCGUGGAAUACGUUGAUCUGUACCUCAUGCAUUGGCCUUCGGCGUUCAAAGAUGGGGAUGAGAAGUUCCCCAAGGAUAAGGAGGGGAACCCGAUUCCGGGCGAUACAGACUUUGUUGAUACGUACAAGGCGAUGUUGGAGUGCCAGAAGAAGGGCAAGACGAAGGCUGUGGGUGUCAGCAACUUCUCGCAGGCAGAGAUGGAGAGACUGGUCAAGUCUGUCGAUACGCCCCCGGCAGCACAUCAAAUUGAACUGCACCCAUGGCUCCAGCAGCCCGGCUUCGCGGAGUGGCACAAGAAGAACAACAUCCUCAUCAUGCAGUACUCGCCGUUUGGCAACGCCAACGCCAUCUACGACAAGGGCCAGAAGAUGGGCCAGCUGAUGGAAGACCCGACGCUGGUGGAGAUUGGUAAGAAGUACGGCAAGUCGGGAGCACAAGUCGCAUUGGCUUGGGGCAUCGCACAUGGUCGCACCGUCCUGCCCAAGUCCAAGACGGAGAAGCGCAUCAAGGACAACUUGGCGGGAGACUUCAAGCUGGACCCCGAGGACGUCAAGAAGAUUGACGGGAUCGACAAGAAGCUGCGCUUCAACGACCCGUCGGCCAGCUUUGGGUACAAGUUCUACGCCGACUUGGACGGCAAGGAAUAG